ACGGAAGACAUCAGAAAGAGCACAUCGAAGGAGAAAGACGCUAAUAAGUCAGUCUUAUUAUUUGUUCUACAGUUUUAAAUAUUUACGUCGUAUAACAUACAUAUUUGAUUCUUUAGUUAAGGAUAAAGUGGUCUGGAUGCGCUAGAUGCACUGUGCCGCUUCUCGUGCUAUCUUUGCUUGUUAGUUAGCUUAGCUCGCUAGUUAGCUUAGCUUGUUAGCUGCUAACAGAAGACACAGAAGUUAUCAACACAUCGCUAAGUAGAGAUCAAGUGUGAGAGUAAAGUGUUGUGAUUGUGUGAAAAUGUCUACAUUACAAAUGUUGAGAGCGUUGGUGGAUCAGCGACUAACUGCUGCCGUUGAAGAAAUAUUUGUAGUGUUAGAAAGAACGAUAGCAGAAUACGCGGCGGAACUUUCUAGAACAAAGGAGCGACAACAUCAACUACUGGACGCUGUUUUCAAGAAACAUCAAGUUGUGUUACACAGAACAGAUGUCGAAGAACAUCUUUUUCGUGAGCAGGAAGAGGAACCACAGUCCCCCCACAUUAAAGAGGAAGUUGAGACGCCACAGACCCAUAGUGUUAAACUGACCCUUCACAUUAAAGGGCAAGCAGAGGACCCACUUAACUUACACAUCAAAAAUAAAGAGGAGGACCCACUGACCCCUCACAUUAAACAGGAAGAGGAGUACCCACUGACCCCUUACUUCAAAGAGGAAGAGGAGGACCAAGAGGCGCCGCACAUUAAAGAGGAAGAGGAGGAAGAGGGCAUCAGUCAGCCUAAAUGGUUGGAGGAGUUCCCAGUGACUGGUGUCCCUGUGAAGAGUGAAGAUGAUGAGGUGAAAGGUGAAAGUGAGGAGAGGGGAGGGGGGGAGCCUCCAAGCAGCAGCUCAACACAACACAUGACAACAGAAGCUGAUGGAGACCACUGUGGAGGAUCACAAGCAGACAAGCUCUUAGCUCCACUAUCAGAUAGUGAGGACACAACGUCACACUCUCCUGACACUGAUGAUGAAGACUCUAAAGAUGAUAAGACAUGUCACACUGACAACACUCACUUCACUUGUUCUCACUGUCACAAAACUUUUAAAUACCCAAGUCUUCUGAAAGAACACAUGAGAACACACACUGGAGAAAAACCUUUUUCUUGUUCAAUCUGUAGUAAAGGUUUUACACGUCACCUUUUGAAAAGACACAUGAGAACACACACUGGAGAAAAACCUUUUUCUUGUUCAAUCUGUGGUAAAGGUUUUACACAACGUCAACAUUUGAAAGUCCACAUGAGAACACACACUGGUGAAAAAACCUUUUCUUGUUCAAUCUGUGGUAAAGGUUUUGCACAAAGUAAUAAUUUGAAAAGACACAAGAGAACACACACUGGAGAAAAACCUUUUUCCUGUUCGACCUGUGGUAAAGGUUUUACAAGAAGUACAGAUGUGAAAGUACACAUGACAACACACACUGGUGAAAAACCUUUUUCUUGUUCAAUCUGUGGUAAAGGUUUUACAGAAAGUCAGAAUUUGAAAAGACACAUGAGAACACACACUGGUGAAAAACCUUUUUCCUGUUCAAUCUGUGGUAAAGGUUUUACAGACAGUCCAACUUUGAAAAGACACAAGAGAAUACACACUAGUGAAAAACCUUUUUCCUGUUCAAUCUGUAACAGAAGCUUUGGUGAACAAUCAAAGCUUGUAAUACACAUGAGAAGACACCCAGGAGAGAAAGUGUUGAGUUGCAGUGUGUGUGGUGAAAGAUUGUCUUCUAAGUACCAGUGUAAGAAACACAAGUGUGCUGGUGAGAACAGCAGCAGCAAAUGAAACUGCAGGAUUUGAAAUAAACUGUCCAGACUUUCA